CUUUCGUGCUCCGCCAGUGUAACGGGACCAUGAACAGCCCGAGAGUAUGGGGAUGUGCCUUCCCUGCCUGGGUGGAGCAGCAGACGACGUUGUUGUAACGCCGGACCCUGAAACCAGAAGGCGACAGUUGGCAGAAGCUGCCGAGAAAAGACAGAAAGAGAGCACAUACAGAGGCAUUAAGAACCCAGAAGCAGUUGAAAAGAAAAAGAAGAAACAAGAGGAGAUGGAAAAACAGGCAAUGAGCACAUCACCCUCAGGAGGCGGGGGGCUUAAGUGGCAGGUUGGCUAACACAAGAAGAAGAGAAGACAAUUGACGUGCAUCAACUUUAUGGAUCAGCCUGCGUUAGCAGCAAAUCCAUCAAAAUAAGAAGGUUUUUUGUUUUUGUUUUUUCCUCACUAAUUUCUUAAAAUGCAAGCUAGUCAGGGAGUGUAGCAUCUAGACUUUUUUGCCAAGCUUACAUGUCCCUUUCUGCCUCCUGGUUGGCCAGAGCUGUUUGCAGGACACGCCUUCUUUUACAUGCCAAGAUGUGCUAGCCAAUGAAAUAUCAGAGAUAGCCAAGGGCAGUAAUUUGUGGCUUUCAAUACACUUAUUUAUGUAUAACUACUGAGAGACAUGGCAUUCGGUCACUAAAACUCCACGGUUCCACAGUUCUGAAGCUGUUGCACCACAGUGCUUUAUUUGCAUAUGGAAUGUUCUCAUGCUUGUGUUACAGUUUGUGGGUUUUUUCUUCUUUCUCUAAGCAGUGGUUCCAUUUGAAUGUAAUUGUAAAAUACAUACAUUUAUAUGAUCUCACAAAAUCACAUUUUGUAAUGAAUUCAUGACAUUUUAAUAUGUGUUUGACACAUUCAGAUUGUUUUUGUUUAUUCUGCAGUGGUUUAGUUGAAGCAUGACAGUGCAAUAUAAAUUAUUUGUGGUGUUUGUUUUUUACAGCAUGUGCAAGUGUGAUGUUUGAUUUGAGAGAGAAGUUAGCAGUUUGAAUAGAGGAUACUAAUGAUUUGAAUUGGUCACUUUGCUAAUGAGCAUAAGCACUGUGUAUAUGUAAAAAUGAGUUUUAUUGCUUUUUUGUGAUUAUGUUAAAUGAAGUUCACUGAGUGGUUAUUCACAUAUAUCACCGGUUUUCCUCGAAUGUAGGACAGAGGGUCAGCAUUUUUUGACCCUUCAGCCAUGUCUCGGUCUCUGUUCACCUCAAUGUAGGAGAAGAUCAGCUAGCUGAGCUUUAGUGCUCCUGUAUUGUGUAAUGGCCUUACUAUGUAAUUGCAAGCCAUGCACUCCACCAAGAUGGUGCUGUUCUAUCAGUACGGAACUUUGUUCUUCACAAAAAAGCUUUGAAGUGUGUUCAACAAACUAAGGCUUGUUUUCUUUCUUCAGAAGCCCCAAAUUGUCCUGCCAUUUUAAACAGCUUAGACAGACUCUGUAGGAGAUGCUGUGCCACUUUAAUGGGUCUGAAUAAAUUCCUAAUCUUAUUUUA